CACUUCGUUUACUUUUCUAUAAGUAGUCUCUUUACAGCAAUGCUCCCUCGUCAUAGACACAAUGCCGAAAAUGAGUGCCCUAGCCGACUGGAAGCAGAGCCAGACGCACAAGAUACCGGAAGCACGUCCAGGAGAAGUGAUAUAUGUUACCAAAGGCAAAAUUUUGGCUUGGGGAGGAACCGCUAUUAUUGAGCGAUUGCGCUCUGGUGCCGCUAUGAAGACACCUAUUGCAAAUCCACACAGCCCUCCUGAAGAAGAAGACCGCCGUCGUAAUAUGCGACUCGAGGCCAAGAUUUAUGCAAUGAUAGGAGAACAUCCAUGUGUUCCCAAUUUCCUGAUUUGGGACCAGAAACUUGCUGCCUCACUAUGGAAUAUUUGGAAAAUGGGAAUCAAAAAGAAUACAUUCAACAGAACAUGCCAGAUAUAACCCUUCAACCUCGACUCCAAUGGUGUAAACAGGUUGCUAAAGCACUCAGUGUUCUCCAUGCUCAUCACAUCAUACACUGUGAUCUUUCGCCAAGAAAUUUCCUUCUCGACUCGAGCCUCAAUGUCAAAAUCGCUGACUUUGGUGGCGCUUCACUAUGUGAUUCAGGACCCUCAG